AUGGCUGGUUACACAAAAGAUAGUUCUUUUGUAACGUGCACAUAUGAGGGAAAAUAUGGAACUGCUGAUUACGUGACACCUAUUCCAGCGUCCAUGAUUUUGAAUGGAACGUUGAAGUUAUACGUCUACCUCAAAACUGAUCCAGGGAGGAGAGAAGUGUUGAAUGUUAUUGACCUGAGGGUAGUCCAGCGAGAGAAGAAACCGCACAGAUUGGCCGUUUGUACAGGUCCAGUCUGGUUUUAUGCAGAAUGGACUAUUCUUCCAUUUUUUUUUGAGAUUCGCUUAAUUAUUAAUUUACAGACGUGGAUUGCGAACGGCGCAACGAAAUUUUAUUUUUAUGUCAACAGCAUUACGAAGGAGGUUGACGGAAUUUUUCGUAUUUACGAAAACGACCAAAAUAUCAGUGUAGAACGUGUGCAGUGGAAUCUAUUUCCUACUGACGAAGAUGUUUCAGAUGAACAAAAUCCUAACAAUCUUAUAUAUCAAGUCUUCGUAUGGAAUGACUGUAUUCUCCGAUCUAAAGGAAACGCCGAUUAUUUGGCAUUAUCAGAUUUUGAUGAAAUUUUUGUGGCAUUUGAUAAUCGCACGCUGUUGUCGGCUCUGGACAACCAGUUAAGGGAAAACAAAGAUAUUGCUUCCAUUAUGUUUCAGAGCACAUAUGGAGAAACAUAUGAAAAUUAUUCAAAUGUGACACAUCCAACGCAAAUCCUAUUUGAUAACUACAAGAACAUCUCAACAAGAAAUAAACCUUACCCACCAAAGCGUGCCAGUAAGGUAAUAGUUAUUCCUGAAAGAAUUUUAUCACAGCACGUGCAUGAGACAAUAAGAACAGUCGAGCCGUAUCAAAAAGCAAUGAAUGAAUUGGAACGUUGUCUGGUCAAAAUUACUAGAGGUGGUAGACGGAAAUGUCUUUCAUACGGCAUAUGUUUCCCAGAAAUUAAGUCUGUUAGAAAAGAAGAUUGGAUUUAUCCUCGAAUACAGUGGGCUGUCCUUUAG